GCUACACAUUAAUUGCCUCUACGAUAGGUAGAACGAUCAUAGUACUUGAGCAGAACCUACAGAAGGUGUAUAUAAGCGUAUGUAUCCCACCAGAGCUUUCUGCUUGUAGAUGGAUUCGAGCACGCCCCAUUCCUCUUUCCCUUCAGCUUCCCUCCCAAGAACCUCACAAACCCGUUCCCGAUGCAUCUCCCCCAACUAUGGCGGCCGUUGGUUCUGGCCCUCCACGCCGCCGCCCCGGCCCUCGCGCAGGUCUUUAAUACGUACCCCACCUUCAACGCCCUGGCCGGCAACGCCGACUCUACGGACGCGGCCCUGCUGGGCAACUACUACAACCACUGGAAGCUCACCGGCACCAACGCGACCACAAACACGACGACGUGGGACCUCACACGGUCCGCCCGGAUGGCCACGACCUCCCCGAAGGAGAUCCCCAUGUCGGGCAAGCGCGCCUCGGCCAUCAUCGAGCCGUCCCGCUCCGCCUUCGUCAUCAUCGACAUGCAGAACUUUUUCCUGCACCCCAAGCUCACCCCGAGCGCCACGCUCGGCCGCGCCGCCGUCGGGCCCACUGUGAACCUGAUCCACGCCUUCCGCGACAGCGGCGUCAAGAUCCUGUGGACCAACUGGGGUUUCGACGACUACGACCUCGUCAUCUCGCCGCCCGCCGACCUCGACGGGUUCUCCGACGACCACACCCGGGCCACGAGCUUCUGCUCCGACAUGGGCACCAUCGAGGGCGACAACGGCGAGACGGUGCAGGUUGGCAAGAAGCUGUGCCGGGGCAGCUGGAACGCGAGGCCGUACGGGGACCUGGAUGACGAGAUGGUCCGCGGCGUCGAGCAGGGGACGGAUUUCUACUUCAACAAGAAUCGGGUAUCGGGCCUGUGGGGGGCUCAGACCCCGCUUGGCCUAUACCUCCAGGAGAACGGCAUCACGACGCUCUUCUUCGGCGGCGUGAACAGCGACCAAUGCGUGUGGGGCGCGCUGUUGGACGCCUACUACAAGGGCUUCGACGUGGUGUACGUGCCGGACUGCGCCGCCACCAUCAGCCCGUGGUACGCGGAGCAGAUGGUGCGGUACAACGCGGACCUGAACGGCUUCAUAGCCAACAGCAGCGACAUUAUCGCCGCGCUCAAGGGCUGAUAGCCCGCGGGGCUGUAGGGUUGAGUAAUUGGAACUCACGGCGGACAUGUGGGGGAAAUCCGUACGAAGAACAACACACAUUUUUUUUUUUUUUUUUUUGGUUCGGGGAGGGGGCCGGCGUUGAUCGGCCAAUCAGAGUAGCCGGAGGUGCUCGAGCAGAGAAGCUCAUCAGUCCUCCCUAGUGACCGGCGGGACAACUAGGAGAAUAAACCAAGAAAUAGAGACCUGGCGGCAGUGCAUAUAAUUUCUUCUCCGCGGUUCGGGGCAGGAAGAACUUUCUCUCAUUUUACCCUUCGUUAAAUUACAAGCUUGGGACGAGG